UUAUUAGUGUCAUCGUUGUAUGACUAAGUCGAUAAUUAUUGUGAAUGUAGUCUGUGGGUGUCUCCAGGGUCGCGGGGACGUGACCUGACUCACCCUUGCCGAGAUCUGCGGGGGACUGCCCCCCUCCACACCCGCAAGGUCGGACACGUCUAUAGUUGAGCAGAGUUUAUAGUGUGGAGUUCGUUCUCGCUCAUGUCGUUGAUAAUAACAGCAAUCAAUUAUAUUGGCACGAUUCUUCUAUUAAUAGGCUCUAUUAUUAAAUACAACAGUGUACACUUAUGUAUAUAUUUUUGCUUCCACAUUUAGUAUAUCAAUACAAAAAUAUAUGAACGAGUACAAUAGAUAUACAUCACGUGAAUAUUGUAUGGAUUUAAGACAAGCAUUUUUAUUUGUAAUGAAUUUGCUUUUUAAAAAAUACAAGAAUUUGCUGAAUCUUUGAAGGGAAUAAUUGUGGGCGUCGAUUAGACCGUGGGAAGAUUUACAAUGAGAUGUCUUUGUAUAGUUACAGUACUAUGCGUGGUGAUGCUCCGUCCGCGUCUCCGUCCGCGUCACCCUGGACACACGACUCAGACCACAUUUAUGUUUAGUAGUGUUAAUUGUACUGUUCAAUGUUGAAUGUGUUUGAAAGCUCGGUCGAAAACGGGGAAUGAACCCGAAUCAGAGCCGUAUAUGUGAACCCGAAUAAAAACAAUUACGUUCAGAAAUAAAGAAAACCAUAGUGCUGUUCUUAUUGAUAAAUAAUCACAGACUGAAUAAUGUAAAUGUAGGAUGCUGCACUCGUCCGUGAUGAGGACGAUGAUGAAUGUUGAAGCUGGUACUCCCUGUGAGACUCCGUCAGGUCGACGUUCUUCCUCGCAGCGAAUCAUAUCUCGAAGACUUUUUUGUUGAUGUUCGGGUCGUGGCCUUAUCUUCAUGACUAAACCCGACGCCCUCUGAUACAUCCCCACACGUUCUGUUACUGAUAUUUGAGGACUGAUGACUAAUGAUCAAUCUCGACUGCUCGGUAACAUCGCACCUAAGUCCUGUUUUUUGUUGUUACCAUAACAUUGAAUCAAACCUCCUCAUCAUUAUUAGCACUCAGUCACCACAGACCCAGCUGACACGCUCUUGGACAAAUAAAAGGGGAAUUUCCUCGGGUCACAUGAAACGAACGGGGGUUUUAUUAAAUAUUGAUUCUCUUUAUAAACACGCAGGUUUAUUAUAAUUCUUAUAAAUAUUACUUACAGUGAAAGAAAACUAAAAUAUAUAUAAAUACUUAGUUGGAUUACCAUUUGGUAGGUUCGAGUAGCGAUAGUUCGUGCGGCUAGUUGUGGAUAGUUAGUAGGGUUCUGAUGCAAACCAUAUAUUUAUUUUAUUAAAUUCUGCCGUAAUGUGUAAUAUUAGGUAUGUCGGCACGAGAAGGUGGUGUGUGUGUGUGCGUGCUUGCGUGUGUGCACACGUCGCCUGUUGCACCAAACGCACCGUUCACCGCACAUGAAAUAAUUAAUUCAUAUAAAUGAAGUUUAUUUGUAUAUAAUUGUUUAUCCAUAUAUAGCGAGUGGUCAAUUAUUGAACGCCUGUUCGAGGAGGUCCGGGCCCGAGUUUGUUCUACACACACGGACACACGGACCUCACUAGUAAGGUACUAGUGAGGCAUCAGUACCAGACUCGCUGAGGACGGACGGACGAGACAGACAGCAAGACAGAGUCCUCAGUGUUCAUUACCAGAUGACCAUAUUAUUAUGGAGGAGGUGAGGAACCACGCCGUCCGGUGGAACGCUCAGUUCUCGUUCGUGUGUAAGAUGUGCGCCAACGCCAACACCGGGGUGUUGGAGCCAGCGAGGCUCAGGGUCUCCGUCAGGAAGGAGUGCAAGGGUGGACGAUCCUACCAGAAGCUGGGCUUCUGCGAUGUGAACCUGGCGGAGCUGGCGGGCGCCGGGGAGACGGUCCGCCGCUGUCUGCUGGAGGGAUACGACCCUAACAGGAGGCAGGACAACUCCGUGCUCAGGAUACGAAUCAAGAUGAACAUGAUCUCAGGGGACCCGCUCUUUAAAGUACCUGAGAGGAAACAGGAAGCGGCAGAGAAGACGGGCGCGGACAGCGGGUCGGAGAGCACCGCGCCCGCCGACGACGACGCCGCCUCUUCGGGCACCAGCUCGGGCUUCGGGUCCCUCACCAAGAAGAAGAACUACGAAGGUGUGACGCCAGCACUGUCGUCUCUACCGUCCUGCGAGCUGCCCUCGCCGGAGGGAGAGGAGCUGCCACCUGUACCAGUGCUGCCCCCGCCCGCCCCCGCUUCCGCCGCCGCCCCCGUCCCCGUCCCGACGACCAUCAGCGACUACCCCGGAGUGGUGGUAGUGACGACUCAGCCGGGCGCGGGGGCUGCGGGGGUCGCGGGCGCCGCCGGGGGAUGUGUCGCCUGUCUGCAGCACACUCACUCGAGGAACUCCUCCAACACCUCGGGGGACAUGAGCAGCAAAGCUUCGGGCUACGGCAGCUCGGUGUCGGCGGCGUCCGCACACUCGAGACAGAGCUCCGAGGGGGAGUCGACGGGGGACUGCAGACCCCACCACAACAGUGUACGAGUCGAAAGGAUUACUACCACCAUCACGAGCUCCCUCACGGUGCCGGGGGUCGGUGCUCGGCAGCAGGGUCGAGGACUCGCCAAGCUACUGCUGGAGAGGAGCGUGCUCAGUGAGACGUCCGAUGUGUACCUCACGCCCGACACCACGCUGCUGGGACACGAGGCGGAGAUGCCGCAGACUCCGGUGACGCCGGACGUGGUCCCUCGGCCGGAGCCCCGCUCGCCCGCCAGCGAGGAGUACCGCACGCCGGACUGCUCCGGAAUAGAGGACCACUCGUUCGCGAUGCCGAGUUACUUCGACCGCAAGAAGCGCGCGGCCUCGGUCAUCGUCGCCGCCGUGCAGCCGCUGGCCAACUUCCAGGCCUUCAAGCAAAAGUCGCUCAACACGAUCCCCGCCUCGGUGGAGAGGACGCGCAAGAGCGAGGAGCUGUUUGUAAACUUUCCCUUCCUGACGCCGCUCGCGCACCGGAAGGGCUCGCUCGCGUCCGCCGCCACCCGUCUCUCGGGCUGCCUCGAGGACGAAUUCUACACUAUCCCCACGGAGAAGGAGCUCGCCGAGGACGGAGGCUCGUUCGCCUGCGUCGACGUGCGCCAACGCCUGCGGCCCGCGGCCCCGGACGAGCCCCACGCCCUGCGGCACAGCUGCCCCGCCGGCGCCAGGAACCCCUCCUCGGGCUCUCUGACCGCCUCCGCCUCCGAGAGCGGCUCCCUCGAGCGUGCGCGGGCCAAGAUGGAGCGGCGGCCGCCUGAGGAGCAGCACGUGACCUCGUGUCGAGUAGAGAACACGCGCGUCAACCCUGACUCGCUCAUCGACGAGCUUCUCGCUGCCACCGACCUCAAGCACGCCGCGGACGACCCCGCAGAGACGUCGGGGCUGCAGCUGUACAUCACCAGGGACGGCACGGCCGAGCUCGGCUCCAGGAGGAGGCAGCAGUUGGCCAGGAGCGACUACCAGCGAGUGGUGCUGCAUCCUCACGACAACAGGUAGCCGGCGGGGCGCGCCGCACGCCGCCCGCGACACGCGCCCCGAGACGGAGUGCGGCUCCUCGGUCUGACGUUGACAGGAGGACCCUGACCUGACCUGACCGGCUGCCCGGACAGGACGUGACGCUCGUCUCCCGUACCAGACGCCCCGUCCCUGGCCAGCCGGCCUCGGCCGUCGCAUGUUCCUAGUGGUCUCCGCUCGUCUCCUUGACCUCUGUUUUGUUAAUGUUUUCUUUUGUAUAUUUUGUAAGCCACCGCGGGUCCGCGCGGGUCCUCGCGGGUCCGCGCGGGUCCCCGGUGUGCCGCUCGCCUCCUCCGUGUGUUGUUGAACGUUAUCCUUCCCCGCACCGUGUUCGUGUAUUUAUUUAUUCCCCGAAGCCCCGGCUCGUGUCCGCUGGCAGCUGGAGCCGUCCGUCACGUAUCUAAGUCAUUCCUUAAUGUUAAAGCCCGGCGCUUCCCCGGACGUCUCGCGUCCGUCUCCGCGCUAUCGUUAUUGUAUGAUAUCUUGUAAUACAGCCUGUACAGUAUUUCAAUAAACGUUUAGAAGUAAA